ACGAGGGGGGUUAGGGUUUGAAUCUCAAAAUUGGGUAUCUCAUCAAUCAAUUCGAUCUACAACAACAGGCGAAAAUGGAGUCAUCAUCUUCAUCUAGCCGAUACAGGCAAUUAACUCACUCUUAUUCCAACCACAAACGCUUUCUACUUAACCACUUACUUCCAGCAAUCGAGAACCAAUCAUGCUCAAUUUGUUUGAGCAAAAUUGAAGAAGCAGCUGUAAUUACGGUGUGUUUGCACGCCUACUGCACCGAUUGCAUUCGAAAAUGGAGUAAUCAGAAGAGGAAGUGUCCGCUUUGUAAUGCUCAAUUCGCUUCGCUGUUCGUUGAUAUCGAUCGCAGUUGUUUGAGUUUCCGUACACAACGUUUAUUGCCGCCUGUCAAGGAGUCAGUUACAAAGGUCAACGACGAUGUUAGAGAUGUUUAUAGCAGAAGAAGAGAAUUCUUGGCUCCACGAAGUUUUGAGUCUCAGGGCUACUGGAAUAUCAAGAGAGCUAAAUGCUGUUAGCAGAAGAACAAGGCCGUUACCGAAGCAGAGGUCAUUUGGGCAGUCGAAUAUGCUGCCUCCUGGUGUUAGCAAAGAGAGAAUUCUGCAGUGGCGCGCAAGCAUAUAUAAGCAGAACAUGCUUGCUGUACCUUGCCCUACCAGAAAGUCUCUUGAGCAGGGAUUUAUGGGAAGAAACUGUAACAAGGAAAUGUUACUAAAGAGAAUAGAACCAUGGAUACACAGGGAACUCCAUGCUGUUCUUGGGGAUCCAAAUCCGGCCAUACUUGUCCAUUUGGUGACAUCGCUUUUUAUCUCAAGCCUUGAAGAAACUCGAGAUAACAACCAUCUUGAACGUUUGCAGCCUUUUCUGCUUGAGCGGACUAGUGCAUUCUGGCAUGAACUCAGAUGUUUUGCAGAAAGCUCGCUGAACAUGGAAACAUAUGACACGGUAGUUAAAUAUGCUAAAGCGUGAAACUGAGCACCGCUGUUGGAUUUUGUACUUGUAUCCAUAUGGGAAGUUUGCUGUAAAAUGGUACUUGGUGUUAACGGCACUCUUCGUCGUGAAAACAUCAUCAGUACAUCAAGUUUUUGUAACAGGCUGAUAAAAAGAGGUUUCAGGUUAGUGAUUGGAAGUAUCUAUACUCUGCAUGAAACCAAAAGCAAUCCUGAAUCCGGAUGAAGAUAACCAUGCCAAUCAUGAUUUGAAGCUGUUAUGGUUAAGUUAGCAGCGUGUAAAGUAAACCAAUUAAAGUCGACGUGUUUAUACUCAUACAAACAUUAAUAUACAUGAUCAAUCAUAAUUCUGUUGUAUGUCAUUUAUGUGUACUUUCCUCGGUUUGGCUGCUACCGCAGGCUGCACGCAGUCGAUCA